AUGUCAACGGAAGUUGAAAGUGGAGAUAUUACUCCUUCCAAGAAACCAAAAGAGUCUAAAUUUUAUCAGCAAAAACUUUGGGCAUGGCAGCCUAUCUUGACUGCAAGUAAUAUUUGUCCUUAUUUCUACGUCGUUGCCAUUUUAUUCGUGCCUUUGGGAGCCUUCUUUUUGGUCACAUCAAAUGCGGUUAUUGAGAAAUCCAUUCCUUAUACCCAUUGUGUGGACCAGAAUAACAGAACCUGCGCCGAAGUAAUCAAAAGUUCACCGAACACUCCGUGCAACUGUAUUCUCACCUUAAACUUGGCUGAAAACGUUCCAGGUCCUUUAUAUGUAUUUUAUGGUUUGACCAAUUUCUUCCAAAACCAUCGUCGUUACGUUAUGUCGCGUGAUGAUGAACAGCUUAAUGGAAAAUUGAUAACAUCUCCCUCCGGAGAUUGUGCUCCAUACCGCUACUCUAAGGUGGAUGGAGUAGAAAAAAUAAUCGCUCCUUGUGGAGCAAUAGCCAAUAGUAUCUUUAACGAUACUUUCGACAUGGUCUAUGUGGAGGAUCAUGAAGGUAAUGCAAAACAUGAAACAGUGAAAUUUAAUUUCGAUAACAUUGCUUGGAAGUCCGAUCGGGAUGUGAAAUUUGGGAAACCUCCUACCUGGGCAAAUACAACAAAACCAAUUAAUUGGGCUAAACCCAUUCAAGAAAUAAACGCAAAUGCAUACUCAGGCUACUCUCAACUUCUUGUAUGGAUGCGCACAGCCGCUCUUCCAAAUUUCCGGAAGAGCUAUGCCGAUAUUGUUCACGAGGGUGUGUUCGCAAAAGGUCUGCCUGCUGGUCAAUAUAGGAUUACAGUUAAAUACUUCUAUCCUGUAACUCAGUUCAGUGGAACAAAGCGUUUCAUUAUCUCUCAAGCUAGUUGGUUGGGUGGACAAAAUCCUUCGUUGGGUAUCGCGUACAUUGUAGUUGGUUGCAUACACGCAGCUCUUGCUGUUGUCUUUACUGUUAUUCACUUCCAUUUGCGCAGAAAGUGA